AUGGUUCACGUGAACGAUUUUUUACUAACAAACAUCAUCCCUUCAGCUCUAACAAACCUAUUCGAAACUUCUUCUCUCACACCGAAUGUAACUUUUAUGCAAACUUGUGUGAGAUUUGAUCCAGCAGGUUUCGAAUAUGUUGGCUGGGUAUGGGAUAUUUUCGGCGAAUGUGUCCACGAACCAAGAGAAAUAGCUUCCUUUGCAGUUGGCAUGAUUUCCAUUGGAUUUUGGAUGUGUGCUCUCCUGCCACAAGUCAUUGCGAAUUUCAAAAAUAGAGAUGCCUCCUCCCUGUCAACUGGCUACUUGAUACAAAUCACUUUGGGUGAUGCCUGUUCCAUGACAGCUGGUAUCAUGAGUGGUCAAUUGAUUACUCAAAUUUUAUUGAGUGCUUACUUUGUAUUAAUGGACGUUGUAAUGAUUGCUCAAUAUUUUUGUUUUGUGGUCAUUCCAAAAAUUUAUAGAAAAGUCAAAUCGAGGAAAAUUCAACCUGAAAAAAAUCAAGAAAUUGCAAAUUCUCAAAGUGAAUUGGUGAAUAAGGAGAAGGUUGAGGUAAAAUGUGAGAAUUCAAAGCAGCAGGAAACAAUUUUGAAGAGUUCGAUUUGGAUUUCAAUUUUGGCAAUUUUAGUAUUGAUUACAUUCUUUACAACUUCAACAAUGCUUUCGAAUAAUGUUGAGAAUGCACAGAAAAUGAAUCAAAAAACAAUGAGAAAACUAUUGCAUGCCAUUAAUGAAGGACAAGAAUACUCAACCACUCAACAAGAUCACAACAGUUUCACCUUCCCUCCAAACACUCCAGUUUCCAUUGUUGGUUUCUCAUUGGGUUGUUUCUGUGCCAUUCUCUACAUGGGCAGUAGAUUACCUCAAAUCUUUUUGAAUUUCAGAAGAAAAACAUGUGAUGGUCUCUCACCUAUUUACUUUGGAAUUGGUAUUUUAGGAAAUGUUUGUUAUUGUGUUUCGAUUUGGUUGUACUCUUCAGAUUCGGCUUAUUUAAUGACACGUAUUCCUUGGUUAGUGGAAUCGACUGUAAAUAUAUUUUUGGAUAUUUUCAUCAUGUGGCAAUUUGUGUAUUACAAUUACUUGUAUAAGGGAAAGAAACCAGAAAGUAAGGAAGUAAAGAAUAAGAAAGUGGAAGAAUUGAAAGUUGUUUCUGCCAUGAGUACAGUUUCAGAUACUUCUCCAAAGGUGAAUGCUCCAACAAAUGAUGAUUGGUCAUCGAGUUCAACUUCUGCGAGUCCAAAGGAACAAAUUGUGUAAAUAUUCAACAAAUUAUUUCUUUAUCGAAA